AUGUCCGAGAUCCUCUCAAGCACGAAUUCCCCACCUCAUGCAACCACGAGGGCCCCUGUGGUUUGGACGAUACUCAAGCCAACUGCGCCUGCGCCAUCAACCGAACGUGGUGUUUUGCAGACUGUGGAUGUCACCCGACAACGUGCAAACGCAUGUUUCAAGGCUGCCAGUGUCUGUCACGCUGUGAUGGGCGCUGUCCGUCCCAACAGAUUUCUUUUGACUGCAUCCCAGGUCGUUGCGGAUGUGCUACAUGCGGCAAAGAUCCAAGCCCGAAAAGAAGAUAUCCCAAAAAGCGCAUGUAUCGGCAAAUAUGAAGGUGACGUGGUGCUGGACGUGGAAUAUAACAGUCGGAUAAAACUCCACGAUAAGAUGACGUGCAUGGCUUUGAGCAAAUAUCACUCCAUUGACGGUGCAUUCAAUGAGCUUAUGGUCUUCAUGAAUCAUCAGCCUAAGUCGCGCGCCAAUACUCGUUUCGCGUACGAAAGAAGCGCGCAGGGAAAGGAGAUCCGAGUGUAUUCGACAAAGCUCAUCCGAAGGGGGCAGGAAGUUUACGUAUUCUACGGAGAAAACUUUUCUUUUCGACCUUCUCUGCCACUACCAACACUAUAUUACCGUGGCCUUGAAAUCCUAGUGGGCAUGUUUGUUUUCGUGAGAAACAAGACUCCCGAUCCAUGGAUUGGCCAUGUAACAGAAAUCUCGUCAAAUGCGAAGCACAUCACCGUUGAAUGGAUGUGCAAUGUCAACAAUAUCGAGGACGCCGAUCCCUAUCGAUAUCAUCGCUGCCCGGAUGAGAUGUUUCUCACUCCAUUCCGGGAUCGAAUCGAUGUAGAUACCAUAGAAGACAUCGCCGAGAUCAAUUUUCAUCAUGAUGAACGUCACUGCGACACAAUCUGCUGGAGGCAACACUACAACUCCACUACCGGCCAGUUCAUCCCAGAGCGCCUGAGUCCCGGCUUCAUCAAACUUGCAAUCUAG